CUACCUCUUGCUUUUUCAGAUGGAAAACUCUAUGACUUCUAUGAACAAAGCACUUGUUUCAGAAGCAGCUGUAGACUCCCAUGAGGAGGAGGAGAGUAGUUGGACUUAUUACUUCCAAGAUUUCUUGGGCAACAACCACAAUAUUAAUGAAGACAACAAUACUGCUUCCUUUUCUUCUCGAUCUGCCGAUCAAAACCCUUCUCUUGUUUCUGAUGCUGCUUCUAAUUUACUACUAUCAAAGAAGUACUUCCCCAACAACGAUCAGGUUGUGGGCUUUUCUAAAAGUAAAAAAUUGAGCUUCAACAAGAGGAAAGCUAAAGGAGCUUUGUUUGAUGCUGCUUUGGAGGAUACUGCUAGUUCUCCUCUAAAUAGUCCUAAGGUUUGUGGUUUGAAUCAACUUGAAGUGAACCGGAAAGAGAGAGGUGAUACAAACAUUUCCAGGGAAAAAUGCAGCAAUUCUGGGAAGACAGAUGAGGAGAGAAGUGAAAUGGGUUUUGGUGCAGGAAGAGAUAGUGACUAUACAAAUUUGAAGAAGAAGGGUCUUCGCUUAGUACCCGUGUCUAUGUUUGACAACUAUCUCGUUUAAUAUUCAUUCAUCAUCCAUUAACAACUCUCUCUUUCUCUCUCUCAACCUGUAAAAUUGCACUAAUAAAGUCAUACUAAAUUGACAAAAGAUCUUGUGAUAUUAAGAGUACACUUUAUUAAUUUUCUUCA